AUGGGUACGCUGCCACGGAGGGUCCCACUCGGCGCCCAGGCCAACGCUGGGUGGCAGAAGCCCGUGCCCAGGAGCACCCUGCGUCUCCGAGCGGGCACCAUGGAGGCACCCACCAGGAUCCCUGCCAGCCCGACCCGCAGAGUCCAGACCAUCAUCCAGGAGGCCGAGCGCCUGGCCAGGGAGAGGAGCGGCGUCCUGCAGCUCCUGCAGAAGGAGAAGGAGAAGCUUGCGUCUCUGGAGCGGCGAUACCAGCUCGUCACAGGGGGCAGGAGUUUCCCCAAAAUGUCCUCAGCUCUCAGGGAGGAGACCCUCCAUAUCUCAGAGCCUUUUGAGCUGUUGGAGGGACCUAAGCCCCUGAGCCCCCUGCCAGCAGCAGCUGCCUCCUUAGCUUCUCCUGCCGCCCGCGCCUACCCCAAGGCACAUGAGGUGUAUCGUGCCAAAACAGAGGGCGACGCAGGUGCCCUUGCCCCUCGGAUGAAGAGCGGGACCCCCUCAUCCUCACAGCUCAACCUCUCCAUGCUGGGGCGCAGCCCCUCGCCCAAGCUGAAGCAGAAGGCGGCCGCCGAGGCUCAGUCCCAGUGGGAAGCCCUGCACGGGCAGCCCCCCUUCCCCGCCGCCUUCCCCCCGCUUGUGCAUCACUCCAUCCUCCACCACCACCGUCCCCACGGCGCUGGGCCCCGGGCCGAGGAGCUGGACCACGCGUACGAUACCCUCAGCCUGGAGAGCUCAGACAGCAUGGAGACCAGCAUCUCCACCGGCAACAACUCUGCCUGCUCACCCGACAACAUCUCCAGGACUGUGUUGCUUUUCCAGGCUCGUCCCCUGACGCGGUACCUCCCUAUCCGCAAGGAGGAUUUUGACCUGCGGCUGCACAUCGAGUCCUCGGGCCACAACGUGGACACGUGCUACCACGUCAUCCUGACGGAGAAGAUGUGCAAGGGCUACCUGGUCAAGAUGGGCGGCAAGAUCAAGUCGUGGAAGAAGCGCUGGUUCGUCUUCGACCGCAUGAAGCGCACCCUCUCCUACUACGUGGAUAAACACGAGACCAAGCUGAAGGGCGUCAUUUACUUCCAAGCCAUCGAGGAGGUUUACUACGACCACCUCCGCAGCGCGGCGAAGAGCCCCAACCCCGCGCUCACCUUCUGCGUCAAGACCCAUGACCGCCUCUACUACAUGGUGGCACCCUCGGCCGAGGCCAUGCAGCCCGUGGCCGUGAUGUCGGUGGACAUGGGCAGCGAGUCCAUGAAGAUCGCCAUCGUGAAACCCGGGGUGCCCAUGGAGAUCGUCCUGAACAAGUAA